UGUUUACUAUUAGUUCUCUGUCCUGACGUGACAAAAACAACAAUAUCUCUGACAUUUUCUCACGGUUACUUUUUUAUUCUUUAUUCGAAAACGCAGGAAUAAAACCAUAUCCGUCUGUGACGUCAGCUCCACCAAACCAGCGACUGUAUAUGUCUAUUUUUACACUCCUUCGGUGUCGCCACAAGAACUCUCCUCAGACUAGUCAUGAAUCUGUCCAAUCACAUAGAUAGUCACAAGAAUAUCCGUUUUUUUACCUUUCCUUUCAUCCCUUGAUAAGAAUUCUCAGCUCAGUGUUGCCCCGCGUACGAUAAUUAUCGUAACUGUAUGUAUCAGGACAGAACUGAUGUAAAUUGUACACUCAGAGACAGUUUCAGUCUAAUUAGUUUUGAAAAAGGAAAUUUAGUGUGUGUGUGACAGCAGCUGGACACCUCAGUGUAAUAACACUGUACUGUGUCACUUAUACACACGGUCCAGCAGGUGGCGUCAAACAGCCAUGACCUCCCCGGAGAUCGACUGUCUGUCCUGGGGCCUCAUGAAGGUAAAGGGGUGUUCCUCCAGCUACAAGGACUGUAAGGUGUGGCCUGGAGGUAGCAGGACCUGGGACUGGAGAGAGACUGGAACCAACCACCACCCAGGAGUGCAGCCUGCUGAUGUGGAGGAGGUUCUGAAGAAGGGCAUUGAGCAGCUGGUGAUUGGCCGAGGGAUGAGUGAAGCUCUGCAGGUCCCUCCCUCCACCCUGGACUACGUGGAGCGGGCAGGCGUCAGUGUCACAGUCCUGCAGACAGAGAAGGCUGUAGCUGAGUACAAUAGACUUGUCAGACAGGGGGCCAAGGUAGGAGGAGUCUUCCACUCCACCUGCUGAUACUGCUCCUUUUUGUCGCUGCACCACCUGCAGCUCACAGGGAGGUGAAGCAGAAGCUGCUCGGUGACAGAAAGAUAUUUUGGGUGAAAAGUGAAGAAUUCAUCCAUCCAAAGGUGUUUACAAAAGAAGACUUUUGACUGGUGUGGUUGGAGUCUGACUGGACAUGUGAUUGGACUGAGUCUUUAAUAAACAGGGCGUUGAACUGUUA